CGGGUUCUUCAGAGUGCAUGUACGGAAGGACGGAGGCACAUCACACUUCUAACAUGCUACCGGCAAGCAGGAGCGCGGCGUGGGUAGGCGGGAUAGCCUUGCUGGGCCUGCUUGCACUCAGCACGCCUCUCAUCCACGCGCGUGUAUACGAGAAAUGUGAGCUGGCAAAAGACCUCAAGAACAAGUACGGAUUUCCCCUCGGCCAGAUCCCGACAUUAGUCUGCAUUGCGUUCCAAGAGUCUGGAUUCAACAUGUCAGCUGUGAAUCGCGACCGAAACAAGGACAAAAGCAUAGACUACGGCAUCUUCCAAAUCAACAAUAGAUAUUGGUGUGAUAGAGGGCCCAAGAAAGGUUGCCACGUCACCUGCCAGACACUUCUCACCGACAUGGAUGAAGUAGCCAAGUGCGUCAAAGCCGUUUACGCAGAGACGAAGAAACUUAGGGGCGACGGAUUCAAAGCAUGGUCAUCAUACUUGAACCAUCUCUGCGAUUACCCAUACCCUUACACUGCUAAAUGUGAUCUUAACUAAUUUCACUAAUUUGAAUAAUAAAAUGUCUUUAAACC